AUGGCUGUCAAGGAAACUGCCGCCGUCACGACCACGGUCGUUGGUCCGCCCGACAAUGCUGACAACGGCGACAACAUCGACAGCAGCCUUUCCCCCCGCCUCAGCCUCGAACAACAAAACGAAAAAGAGGUCGUCACCAACCCUGACGCCAUCACAGCCUCGGCCCAGCGCGGCGUGCAAAAGGCCGAAGCCGCGGCGCUCGUGUGGUCCAAGACGACGGCCUAUGCGGUCUACGUCUGGGUCUGGCUGCUGUUCUUCAUCGUGGCCCUGCAGACGUCCAUCAGCAGCAACAUUGUCUACUACGCCUACGCCGACUUUGCCUCCGCGCCGCAGAUCUCCCAGGCCUUCAUUCUGAGCUCUGUCGUGUCGGGUGUGAUGCAGCUGCCCAUCGCCAAGACCCUGAAUCUCUGGGGCCGCGCCGAAGGCUUCCUGGUGUGCGUCGCCACCUACACGCUCGGCCUGCUGCUGAUGGCCGUCUGCACGGGCCCGGCCAGCUACGCCGCCGGCUACACCAUCUACCACGUGGGCUACGCGGCGACGAGCUUUGUGCUGGGCGUGUUUGUGGCCGACACCGUCGGCCUCCAGAACCGCGCGUUUGCGUACUCGCUGACGGGCGCGCCGACGCUGUGCACGGCCUUUGUCGGCCCCCUGGCCGCCAACGCGUUUGUCACGUCGUCCGCCACCAACUGGCGCUGGGCGUACGGCAGCUUUGCCAUCGUCGUGCCGGCGACGUUUGCGCCGCUGGCGGUGGUGCUCAAGGUGUUUCAGCGCCGGGCCGAGGCGCGCGGUCUCUUCACCCGGCGCACGGCCUCGGGGCGCACGGUGUGGGCCUCCACCGUCCACUACGUCAUGGCCUUUGACCUCGUCGGCGCGGUGCUGCUGAUGGCGGCCUUUGUGCUCGUCCUGCUGCCCUUCAGCCUGCGGUCCAACGGCGUGACGUCGCAGUACAGCUCGCCCACAUUCAUUGCGAUGCUGGUUGUCGGCCUUUUGUUGUUUCCGGCCUUUGCGGUGUGGGAGCGCUUCGGUCUGCCGCGCACGACGGGCACCCCCUUUGUGCAGUGGGACCUCCUGCGCAGCCGCACCGUGCAGGGCGCCUGCGUCGUGGCGGCCGUCCUGUUCUUCAACUUCUUCACGUGGGACCAGUACUUUUACUACUACAUCCAGGUCGUCUACGACCUCAACGUGACCCGCACGGGCUACCUGGCACAGGCCAACGGCGUGGCCACGACCAUCUGGUCUGUCGUCUUUGGCGUCUGGGUCAGGCAAACGCGGCACUUCAAGCACGCCUGCCUCUUCUUUGGCGCGCCCCUGGUGGUCCUGGGCGCCGGCCUGAUGGUGCACUUCCGCGGGUCCGAGGCGCCCCUCGGCUACCUCGUCAUGUGCCAAAUCUUCCUGGCCGUCGGCACGGGCACGCUGAUCCUGGGCGACGACAUGGCCGUCAUGGCCGCCGCCGACCGCGAAGGCGUGCCCAUCGUGCUGGCGCUGCUGGGCCUGUGCUCGAGCCUGGGCGGCGCCCUCGGGAAUGCCGUGGCCGCGGCCGUCUACCAGGGCACGUUCCCGCAGGCGCUGCAGCAGGCGCUGCCGGACAUGUCGCCGGACGACGUUCUCGGCCUCUUCUUGGGCGGCUCGACGGCGCAGCUGGCGUUCCCGGUGGGCUCGGCGACACGGACAGCCAUUGACGCCGCCUGGGCGACGAGCCAAAAGUACGAGUGCAUCACGGCGGCGGCGAUUGCGGUGCUCUUCUUUCCGGCGAUUGCCGCGUGGAAGGACUACAGCGUCGACCGGAAGCAAGUGAAGGGGACGGUCUUGUAA